AUGAAUAGGAUGGAUUGUGUUGGCUCAAUAGAGGGAUGGUUGAUCAUGGUCGACAGUGCGUUGAGGCGUCCAGAGGGUUUUAUGAAACCUUGGUCAUUCUACCUAAAAAAUUGUCAGAACCCUAGUUUUAAAAUAGAAUUCUUCUUCUUCAAUCCAAUAUCUGGUGAUCGAGUGAUGCUCCCCUCGUCGCAGUCCACCCUUCCAUGCCACUGCAUCAAUGGUCCUGACUUCUCCGUUUCUAAAAUUAUUGCCUCUUCUGAACCAAAAACAAUCAGUCAGGAGCCAUGUUUUGUGGUUUGUCUUUGCAAACAGGGUCAUCUGACUUAUUGUAGGCCAAGGGAUCAAUCAUGGAGCUCGAUUGAUGAGGAAAUACCCUUUGUUAAUGGUAUAGUUAUACUGGGCGGUAAGUUAUAUGCUACAACGUCCUUAGAGUCCAAGUUUUUAAUGGUAUUUGAGAUGAUCGAAGACACCAAAGGCAAUGGCGGUCCUCUUAGCUAUAGGGUCGUUAAGUUGAUAACCCUUGAUCCCAACACACGUCCUUGCUUUCCACUUCCUUUCGUUAAAAUUGAUUACAAUGGAUCAAGAGUAGAGCAUUACAACGGCCGUGAGUUCGUUCAUCUAGCAAAAGAUUCUGCAUCUAUGGAGUUGUUUAUGGUUUUUCAUAAGGCAGACUAUGCAUACAAGCCUAAACAAGACACGUGUUUACUAUCUUUGCAUGAGGUCAUGCUUGCAAAGACCUUUCGUUACACUGAGCCACCUAAGACUAAAGGAUUUCGAGUGUUCAAACUGGAGUGUGAUAUUGAUGGUGGUCCACAAUGGAUGGAGGUUGUUGAACUUGGUGAUCGGGUAUUAUUUGUGAGCAACCACCAUUCCGCCGUUAUGUCGUACCCCCAUGGUCAGAAGGUUGAAAGAAACAGUAUUUAUUUUGCCUUUGAUUACCCGUGUUACGAAUCAGUCGAAUGUGACUUUGGAGUAUUUUCCUUGACAAAUAAGAGUAUCAGGCAUUUUAGUUGCUCCAAGAGUCGUUCUUCGUCCCAGUUGCAUACUGCACCUUUAUGGUUUGUGCCCAAUCUUUGUUAG